AUGCAGCCGGCGCUGCAGCCGGAGCGGGCGGAGAGCGCGCGCCGGGCUCUGCGAGGCGGGCGGCGCGCGGCAGCAGGGUUGGGCUCUGGCCCGGAGUCGACUGACGGAGCGAGGGUCGGGGCCGCGCGCGCGGGCGCGCGCGUGCCCGCGCCCUCCCGCCCCACCCGCCGCGGCCGCUCACUCUCUCGCCUUCUGCCUCCGGCAACGGUCUCCUUCAGCCCCUCAGCCAUUUCGCCCGCCUCCCUCUUCUGCCCGCAGAAACACACCCCGGCGGCGCCAGCCCGCAAAGUCAAGCCGAAGGAAGAAAAGAAACCCAGACCCAUCCAGAAGCAGAACAAACAGAGCCGCCAGGUGUCCUUCUCUGAGAAGGUGCCAGAGCCGAAGCCGAAGCCGACCAGCAGGAAGGACAGGGACGCCGUCACGUACCGCAGGCUGUACGGGCUGGAGGCGAAGGGGAAGCGCCUGAGCAUGGUCCCCGGCAGCUACAUCAAGGACAGCCCCGGGAAAUCCGACCUGGAGCUCAGGGACCCGGCUGCCCAGGAGUCCUCGCAGCGGCCAGGACCCUUCUCUCGACAAAGCCUGGCGGACUCCGUGUUUCAGGACCAGACCUUUGUGGGCCGGAGGUCCACCCUCCUGAGAGACUGGAUCGGCAAGGUGCCCGAGGCCUCCUCCUACGACCGCAGGCUGAAGAGCCUCAUCGACAAGGGCGCGGAGUCCAAGGCGGAGAUCAUGAGGAUCCUGAAGCCAGAGGAGGUGCUGAGCUGCCGGUACCUGCGGCUGUCCCCGAACAACAUCCGGACGCUGGUCAAGCUGUGCAAGGACGUGGGAAUGGCCGUGGACAUCCACCCCCACAUGGUGGAAGCGGAGAUAGACGCCAAGAAGGUGUUCUCCCAGACCUCCAUGGUGGCCCUCUGAGCCAGCCGCCCCCCUCCCCGAGGCCCACCCUCCAGCACGGCGCGCCCGGCCCUCAGACAGCAGUGCUUAGAGAACAAGGCAAGGCCGCAAGGACCUGGUGCUGCUUCGGUGUGUGUCCUCGUCCCUGGGGCAGAGCUGACUGAGGAGACACGGGGCUGUCUCCUCCCCCCCAAAACAUACCUCGGGAAGGGCUUCUGGGGAGGAGUCUGAAAGGAGCGGGAGAGGUGGGCACGGAGUCCCCAGAAGGAAUUGGGGGGGGAUAAGGGUUGUGGGGCUGG